AUGGCUGAUCCGGAGAAGAAUCCCGCUCCGAUUUCAGAGCCUGUCGUUGAAGUUGAUUCAACAAUCAGGCCGAACAAAAUCUUGAGCUUUUGGAAGGGCAGGAUUAAUGAUCCCAAUGUACUGGGAAAGGAGUUGCUGGAAAAGGCCUUGCAGGUCGAUGAAGCCCAACUCGAGCAAGAUGCAAUCAAGGUCCGUCGCAAGCUCGACUGGAUGGUCAUUCCAAUGAUGAUGACCACCUACAUGCUGAGCUUCCUGGACAAGCAGACGCUCAACUACUCUAACGCCUACGGACUACAACCAGAUACACACAUGACAGGCGACGAUUACUCAUGGGUCGCGUCGGCACUUUACUUUGGCUGGCUAACUGGAGCAUAUCCAUGGAACAUUAUCCUCCAACGAUACCCGAUCGGCAAGUUGAUUGGCUAUAUGCUUUUCGUCUGGGGUGUUGUGUGCAUGCUUCAAGCGGCCGUUUUCAACUUCGCAGGAUUUUUCGCAAUUCGUUACUUCCUGGGCAUGCUCGAGGCAUGUAUUUCCCCUGCCUUUGUCCUGCUGACGUCCAUGAUGUGGACGAGAGAAGAGCAGGCAUUUCGAACUUCACUCUGGUUAUCGACAAAUGGCGUCUCAUCUAUCCUCGGAGCUCUUCUGGCCUAUGGGUCCGGCCACGCAGAUAAUCUCACCGUCCCAAAUUGGAAACUCAUCUACCUGAUCGUCGGCGCAAUGACGUUUGCCUGGGGGUUCGUAAUCGUGCUAUUCUUGCCUGAUGGAGCCCAUAACGCCAAAAUGCUCAACGAAUACGAACGUAUGGUCGCCGUCUGGCGCGUAUCCAAGAAUCAAAUGGGCAUCAAACACCACAAAGUCAUCCCAUAUCACAUCAAAGAGGCAUUCCUAGAUGGGCGCACUUACAUCAUUUUCCUCAUGGGCAUAUGCUCCGGCAUUCUGAACGGUGGCGUCGCCAAUUUCAUAUCCAGCAUCAUUAAAGGUUUUGGCUUUGAUGCACUGAAGACAUCUCUGCUGCAGACGCCCGGUGGUGCCUUUGAACUUAUCGGCUGCGUGGCGUUCGGAUGGUUGGCGACGAAGAAGAAUCUGCUCGGUCUGACCAUCGUUCUUUCCUGCCUGCCAGGAAUAGCAGGUUUAAUCGGUCUCCUGACGAUCGACAUCUCGCACCGCUACGCCUUGGUCGCUUGUUGCUGGCUCCAGAACGUCCUCGGCUCGCCUAUCGUGCUAGGCUGGACCAUUCCCGGCGUCAACGUUGCAGGGCACACCAAACGCACGACGGUCGUCGGUCUAUUCUUCGUAUUCUACUGCGCUGGCAACAUCACAGGCCCCCACUUAUUUUUACCUUCCGAAUCCCCACGGUACUUCACCGCCAUCCGCGGUCUCCUCGGCACAUAUUGUGCCCUGGUAUUUUUCCAAGUCAUAUACUCGACCUGGUGCUACUUUGAAAACAAAGCACGUGAUCGGAAGGGAUUGCAUGCAGAACGAAUCCAGGAGGAGUUGUUGGAGGGGUUUGAUGAUUUGACGGAUAAGCAGAAUUUGCAUUUUAGAUAUAAGAUUUAA